GGAUGGGGGCGUGGAGCCUAUGGGACAGCCAAGAGUGGCAUUGGCGUGAGCUUGUAGACCGGAAGGAUUUCUAUUUAUCUCAUGAUAUAAUGUUAAUGCAGUCAAGAUUCAUGAUCCUGAUCCCCUUUCUGCAGUAUUUUGUGGUGCUCUCCUUAGAAGCAUUUUGUUCUUUAAUAAGUUACAUGUGUUAUUUUGGGCCAAGUUUGACUCUUCAAAUUUUGAGUACGAUAACUAAAUCUCCAUUCCAGCUCGCCAUCCGCGGGGACGAGGAGCUGAAUAUGCUCAUCAAGGGGACCAUUGCUGGCGGUGGCGUCAUCCCCCACAUCCACAAGUCCCUCAUCAACAAGACCGCAAAGGAGUGAAGGAGGGGAAACACAAAUCCUAUAAGUUAGAGGAGCAAGAGGAACAAAAGAUGAAGGAAAAUAUGAUCCAUGAAGCCUGAUUACAUCUAGGCAACAGCAACCACCUAAAGCAUCGCAGCAGAAAGCACGUAGGAAACUCGACCAAGUGAUUAUGGACAAUAACCAGAUUAUGAUUCUAGGAAACAUAUAUCAGACAUGGCUCAAGGACGCAUCUAGCCUUGUCUCAAAAAGGCGUAAAGUUAACAGCAAUUUUGAUUUUAUUCGAUCAACCAAGAUAAGCGAUCUCAUGGACAUGCCCCUGGUUGCUCUAAUGUCUUACUUGGACAAGUCAUCCUCAGAAUUAUAUUAUCCUAAGCCACUUGUGCAGCUCUGGAAGGAAUGCAGUGCAGUCAACUAUGCAAAAGCUUCAUCUUCAGCAGGGCAGCCAUCAUCAUCACAAGAAAAACAGCCUAGAAACUCGACACCUCAUGAAUUUCCACCUCAGACUGAAGGAGAAUAUGAGAUGGAAACAGGACCUCACCUAAUGGACUUCACAGAUGGCAUUGAAAAACUCAGAGGAAACGUGAGUGCGGAGUAUGACAGAGCUUACAAUACCCUGCAUAGUGACCAUAGUGUUACUCAGGGAACUCCUGGUGAGUUGAGAAAUGAAUAAGUUUAAGUUGUGCGU